UUAAUUCUAGGCAGUCGCCAGAUAUUCAUUCGUUCCCAGUCUGGCAAUCGUUCCUCUGAAGAAUUCUGAGUGGCAUCGUGGGCGCAUAUCGCCAUGAGCAAGCUCUACGACGUUGUCAUCGCCGGUGCAGGGCCUAUCGGGCUAUUUCUCGCCUGCGAACUAGGGUUAGCACACGUUUCUGUGCUUGUCCUCGAGCGCAACGACACGCUCGAGUCGUCCUGGAAGACUGCGCCGCUAGGACGGCGCAGCUUGAACACCUUAUCAGUCGAGAGCUUCUACCGGCGCGGGCUACUGGACAAGCUGGUCGGCUCCGGCCAACGGCCGUCGGUCCUCCAGAAGACGGCCGGGAUCCAGUUCGCAGGCCAGUUCGCCGGUAUCAUGCUCAACGCCAAUAAACUCGACUUGACCCGUUGGAAGUACCGCCUCCCCGGACCGGCUCUGGUCCCUGAACAAACGACUAUGGGCGCGUCGAGGCGGGGCAACGGCGUAACGAGAAUUGUGGCACAGGACAACGAAGUCGUCACGGUGGAGACGGGAGAGAACCAGACUUUCCGCAGCAAGUGGCUCGUAGGAUGCGAUGGCGGACGAAGCGUGAUUCGCAAGGCCGCUGGAUUCGACUUCGUCGGCACAGAGGCAAAGUUCACUGCAUACGCCGUCAAGGGUGACUUCGAUCAUCCCGAGAAGUUGAAGCCAGGGUUCCACGCCACGAAGAACGGUAUGUAUGUCUUCAUGAAGCCGGACACGGUCCAUCUGGUGGACUUCGACAGCGCCGCCUUUGAUCGAACCAAGGAGAUCACGCAGGAGCACCUUCAAGACGUUCUGAACCGCGUGGUCGGCACCACGGACGUUAUAAUCACGGCGGUCCACCUCGCCUCGUCGUAUACAGACCGAUCCAAGCAAACGACACACUACCGCAAUGGCCGCGUCCUCGUUGCCGGUGACGCCGCGCACAUCCACUCACCGCUCGGGGCGCAGGGCCUGAACGUCGGGCUCGGCGACGCCAUGAAUUUGGGCUGGAAGCUCGCCGCGACGGUCCACCGCGAAGCCGAAGCUGACGGGGCUGCUACGGACCUGGCGCUGCUCGACACGUACGAGAGCGAGCGGCACCCCAUCGCGGCCUGGGUGCUCGAGUGGACGCGUGCGCAAGUUUCAACGUUGCAGCCAGGCCCAUACGGCGCAGCGGUCCAUACGCUCAUCCGCGACCUCAUUGCCACGACCGACGGGACCAACCUCUUCAUCGACCGCGUUUGGGGUCUGUCGCAGCGGUACGCCCUCGGCGACGGCGAGGCGCAUGCACACCCGUUCGUCGGGUGCAGCGCGCCGGAUUUCGAGCUGCUUGAUGGCGCGAGGCUGGGCCCCAAGCUGGAUGGGGGUCGCGGGUUGCUUGUCGAGUUUGAGGGCGCCGCGGCGCUCAAGAAGCUGGUUGUUGGCGGGAAGUUCGAGGGCAGAGUCGACUAUGUCUGUGUGGGUGCAAAGGACAGGCGCGACCUCCGCGCCUUGUUGAUUCGACCUGAUGGAAUUGUUGCUUGGGUAGCCGAAGACAAUAAGAAAUACGACGUAAAUGCGGCGAAGGCUGCCCUGGAGCAGUGGUUUGGAUUUUAA